AUGGCUUUGAAGAUAGCGAGGAGCAAGCAGCGGGCUGGGUUGGAAGAGAAAGUGUUGAACGUGAUGGAGCGGUUGGAGGACACCGUCGAGAAGUUGCAACGUGAGGAUGCUGGGCUGAAGCAGCAGCUGGCCCAGGUGCAAGGGAAGUUGGAUUCCCUGAGCAUCAGCCAGGGCAGUUUGGGCAGGUCGGCUGCGAGCCCAGGAAUGGCAGCCUUGCUCGCAAAACUUGGAAACAGCUCGAACGAUCUCAGGCCCAUAUGUAAGCGUGCCAAGCCGAAGGCGGCGCCGGUGAACCUAGCAGUGCAGACAAAGGGACAAAAAAGAAGAUUUGAAGCUGAGGAACUUGGCCCCGCUGGGGCCAACGAGACUUGUUGCCCAGUCUCCAGCAGAGCCUGCAGUGGUUGUGCUUCCUUCGUGCACUCCAUUUGUGAGCGCUGCGUAGAGGGCUUCCACUUUCGAGAGGGAACCUGCGUUGCUUGCGUCAGCUCAGCGGGUUGGCUCAGCGAAGCUGGCAAGUCCUGCCCGCAGCUGACCAGCUCCGACUGCAACGAUGUGAAGGUCCGUGGUCAGUCAAGCAACGAAGCUUGCUGCCAGUGCGGGGGUGGAGUUGUGACUCCAACGCCGUUCAUCUACCCCAACCGUCGCUGGACCCUGGACUCCGACAUAGUGAUGCAGCCGGAACCGCGCACAGCGGAUCAGUACAGCUUGGAUGCCAAGUGCGAGUUGCCUCUGUACAAUCUCACCAUGGACAGCUCCACAGGUGUGAUCUCAUACAUGGCAAACCGUGCGAAGCCCAUUGAAGCCUUCUCCAUCGAGUGCGAGGUCACUGCUCACUUGAUGGCAGGUGUCCACACGGUAGCCAAAGUGCUGAUCGCAGCCGAUGAGCUCAACUAUAAGUCUUCCACGCUCCUGUUCCGCAACGGCUCCACUGAGUCGCUGCUGAAGACGGGGAUGGGAUGGUCCAAGUUUGAGUUGGGCUGCGCCCCAGAGGUCAGCUGGCUCAGCAUCAGUGCUGCCGACGGCGACCUCAGCUACGUGGAUCAGAACGCAGCACCCGGGGGCCUGUCGACUGUCGACGACUUUCACGGCCAAGACGGGGCGGUGUGCGUCGUCACGGCGUGGAAGGCUAACAAGAAGCUCCUUGCCAUCAAAUUACACACGGCACCAGACCUCCUUCGUCGCUCUCCGGCCGCGGCCAUGGACUGCUAUGGAGCGUAUGACACCGCAUUUCUGUCGGCGAGCGUCGGCGAAGAGAUUCCACCCAUCAGCCUGAAGCCGCACAAGGGCGUGGGCCUCAUGAAGCCAUGGACUUACAGUAUGGCUUGCGACGUGAGCGGUGGGGAUCCCACGACAAAAUUCACAUAUAAUCGCCUCCUGAGCAUGGGCCACUUGGCAAGUUGGACUCUCAAAGCUGUGUGCCUUCGGCUUAGUGAAAUUGCGUGGUUCCAGCGAUGUUGGUGGCAGAGUUUGGUGGACGCGAGGCUACAAUACAAGUCGGAGAUAGAUGUAGUUCAAAGGCAGCACAGUGGUGCAGAGUACUCUGGAGUGCGCAUGCAAGGGCUGGCCGCCGGCUUCGACCACUCACGUGUUGGGACGCAUGAUCCCUGA